AUGUUGUCCCGAAGUGGUGAUAUGGCACCGAGCUCUCCCAUUCCCUCCACAAGCUAUGGCACCGGCGAGGAGCUGUCUCCGGCAGAUAUAUCAGCCCUUAACAUCGACAGUGAUGAUGACGACAUUUACUCGGACCACUCUUCUCCAAUUCGACGAGGGAGUGAUUUUAGCCAAAUUGAAGAUGCCAAUAUGAACUACCACCCGCUAAAGAACGCAGCGUCAAUGGACGCGACCUGCUCCUCACACCUGGACGACGAUUAUUUCGAUCAGCUCCAGCUUUACGCCGACCUGGAGUCCACUUUAGCCCUAGAACAAGACCUGGACAACGCUUCCACGUCGUACGACGUGAAUUCCCUGCAGUUUGAUGACACGUCGCUGACUGCUAGCGAGGACCUAUCAGUUUAUUGUGGAACCCUGAAGAAGCCGAAGAGAAAUAAGUAUAAGGAGAAGCUGCUACGCGAUCAGGAUAUGUGGCAGGCUACCAACGUCGAGGUUAUGGAGAAUCUCCUCAGCAGAAGCGGGACCGUGGAUGAGCAGAUUAAAUGGGAGGCCAUCGCCACGGCACGGGGCCUCUGCACGCUGACCGACAGCUGCGCUUGUGGGGACUGCACUAGGGCCAAGUACCUCGCCGGGGUCACCGAUGGUGAUGGAGGGUUGGGGGCGGCGCCGCUUUUCAGCGCGAUCAGCGUGGGAUGCAGUGUGCAGUGAGCGAAGACUGAUGCUUGUUGAUGUUGACUGUUUGUUUUUUCAUUUCUGGAAAGAAUAUUAGACCCUGCAGCUGCAUUGCCAUAAUCUAUGGGGGGUCUCCUUUUGACAGUUUUAAAAGUACGUCAAUUGAUUGGUGAUGUCAAAUAGUCUAAAGCCCGGUCUGUGAGCAUGUAGAAUUUUGGGUAGAAUUUCGUUCAAUGACCCCAAGCUACCCAUCCCUAUCGCUCGCGCGUAAUUAUGUUGCUGUCGCGCUCGCACACUCACUGCGGGCGCCCGUCGCACAGUCGCUAGGGGUCAUUGGACAAAAUUCUACGUGCUCGCAGACCAGACUACAUAGUCGAGCGGGCGGCAUUCCUCGGAUAUCCAGUCGGCCAGUCCGACACCUUCACCUUCUAUUCACUUAAUUCUGUCAAAUUGUUGAAGAGUGAGCUUUUGGCUAAAGACUGGACUAAAUAAAGGCUAUUGUUGGGGAAAUUUCGAGUACCUAUGUAAAGAAUUAUGGUCAAAAGGGCGUUUAUAGAAAGGGGUAGUUUGGAGGGGGGAUUCGUUGAAGUUUGAGAAGAAUAUAUCAAUUGUUUGGAUGGUAUGCUAGAGGAUUGCACGUACUAGUCUGCUAAUCUGAUGCCCAUAAAAAUGUAUUUUUUAUUUACUUCUAAAAUAGUGCACUACUAUAAUAUAGUCAAUUUAUUGUCCGUGGUGCAUAUUUUUUUCAUAAAGGUUUAUUACCUAUUAAACCUUUGUUUGUCACCUGUCAUCCGCUUUGCAACGGAAGGAAGUCGAACCUUAACUUCGAACUUCGAAUCGUUUGCGUAUUCGACAAAAUUCGAUACUCAACCUUCGAAUUUAACGAUAACGUGUCAAUUUUGAUUCUCAAAAUGAGUUUCGUGCAACCAUUUCUCAUACUAAGUUCACUUUACGACACGUUCACAAAGUGCUGUUGUAGUUUCCGUACUAAAUCUUUUGAUGGCGAUUCGAUUACGCAAACAACUCGAAAGUUUUUUGUGCUAGCCGUACCUACUGAACUAAUACAAAAAGGUUUUUAAAACUUGGCCUAAAUAU